CUUUCUUUUCAAAAAUAUUAGCAUCAACAAGUUAUCGAAUCCCAGUUUCAAGUUAAAGAAAUGAUGGAUUAUCAUGAUCUUGGUGCUAGGUCCUCCUAUGACUAUGAGGACUCCCUUAAGCUUCUUGAGGCUGAUAUUCAGCAUGCCAAUGCGUUGGCAGCUUCUAUCCCAAGAUGUAAGGGUGGUUCUUGUCUUCAGAUGAAACUGGUGAAUAAUCACUUUGCACCUAUUUUCUUGUUUCUGCUCCAAUGGAUAGAUUGCUCAUGUACAUGUCUACUUUCAAGUUACUUCAACCUUUUCCACAUUGUUGUAUAUAAGGUAUGCCCGGAUGAGAGGCCAAGUAUUUCCUCAAUAGGAAGAAAAGCAUCCAUUAGAGAGUUUUACAGUGUUAUAUUACCAUUUCUUCAGCGUCUGUAUAGUGAUUCAUCAAAGCUGGAUAUAACUCAAGAAGAAGGUCAUGGAUUAGAGCUGAUUUCCAGGAAGAGAUUAGAGGAUAAAUGGAAACUUUCAGAUAUGGACUUGGAGAGAGAAGAUGAAUGUGGAAUCUGCUUAGAUCCCUGCACCAAAGUGGUCUUGCCAAGCUGCUGCCAUGCUAUGUGUAUCAACUGCUAUCGUGACUGGAACACAAGAUCGGAAUCUUGCCCAUUUUGCAGGGGAAGUCUUAAGAGAGUGGAUUCAGGGGAUUUAUGGGUUCUCACUUGCAACAAUGAUGUGAUCGAUACUCAAACUGUGUUGAAGGAGGACCUCCUGCGCUUCUAUCUCUAUAUAAAUAACCUUCCAAAGGAUAUUCCAGAUGCUCUUUUUUUCAUGUAUUAUGAGUACUUAAUCUGAUCUCAACGAUGGCAUGAAUGAUGCGUAGAGACCAUUGGAUUUACAUAAAAGUCAGGUGACUCUUCACACUGGAAAUUUCAUUCCCACUUGAAAUUGUAUAAAAAGAUGUAUAUUCUCCUAAUUGUAAGAGAAUCAAUAAGAAAUAAUAAGU